CCAAGAUGAAGAAGAGCCCCGACGGCAGACUGUGAACACUGCAGUACAUGCGACCGUACAACCGCUUUCUCAGCCUCUGUUCAAUUUUUCCUCCAACGCCAGCGACGACACCGAGGAAAACAGUCAUCUGUGUUUUGAAGUGAAGUGGCGGAGAAGACUUCAACGUAUCCGGAAACCCUAACUUUCCGUUACAGCACGGACCGCGCAGUGUGGUGCAUUUGACUGCAAAGGAUUGGCCGAUAAAACAGCUUUCCCCCUGACGACUCCGUAAAACAGUUUUUUCCGAUCACAGACAUCAAAGCAAAGCCAAAGGUGCAGUGGGGGCCAGAUUGCUCUCAGGUCAGAACAAACCCGUGACCAUGGAUGUGGAUGAGGAGGAGAAUAUGAGUUCAAGCAGCACCGAUGUUAAGGAAAACCGAAACCUGGACAACGUGUCCUGCAAAGACGGGGUGGGAGUGGCUGAACAGCUCCCCAAUGGAAGCGGCCUGGGCAGUCGAAAACGCCCCCUAGAAGAGGGAAACAAUGGGCAUACACACUCCAAGUUCCGGGCCAAGAAGCGCAAGAAAACACCGGGGCCAGUCCUGCCCAAGAAUGCUCUGAUGCAGUUGAAUGAAAUCAAACCGGGUCUACAGUACAAACUUCUGUCCCAGACAGGACCAGUCCAUGCACCAGUUUUUGUCAUGACUGUGGAGGUCAAUGGACAGAUGUUUGAGGGCAUGGGCCCAACUAAGAAGAAGGCUAAAUUAAAUGCAGCAGAGAAGGCACUGCGUUCCUUCGUCCAGUUCCCCAAUGCCUCUGAGGCGCACCUGGCUAUGGGUCGAACACUGACAGUGAACACAGACUUUACAUCUGACCAAGCUGACUUCCCAGACAUGCUCUUCAAUGGCUUUGAGACACCAGCUGCACCUGAAGAAUCCUUCUAUCUAGGCUCCAAUGGUAGCAGCUCCUUAAACUCACUAGGGGAGUACCCACUGCCAACACCACCUGGCAGCAACCUUGCCCAGGCCCCAUUGCCCCCUCCAUCAACAUUCAGCUCGCCGUCCAGUGGCAAAAACCCAGUCAUGAUCCUCAAUGAGCUCAGGCCAGGCCUCAAAUAUGACUUUGUCUCAGAGAGCGGGGAGAGUCAUGCCAAGAAUUUUGUGAUGUCAGUAACGGUGGAUGCACAGACGUUUGAAGGCUCAGGGCGCAACAAGAAGCUGGCUAAAGCCCGGGCAGCGCAGGCAGCCCUCUCAGCUCUCUUCAACAUGCAGCUAGACCAGACACCAUCCCGGCAACCCAUACCAAGAGAGGGAUUGCAGCUUCACCUGCCUCAGGUUCUGGCUGAUGCAGUCUCGCGCCUGGUGGUGGAUAAGUUCAGUGAGCUGACAGAAAACUUCACUUCCCCUCAUGCACGACGGAAAGUCCUAGCAGGGGUCGUCAUGACAACAGGCACAGAUGUGAAGGAAGCACAGGUAAUUUGUGUCUCCACGGGAACCAAAUGCAUCAACGGUGAGUACAUGAGCGACCGCGGCCUGGCACUCAAUGACUGCCACGCUGAGAUAAUUGCCCGACGCUCGCUCAUCAGGUACCUCUACACUCAGCUGGAGUUUUUCCUCAGCAAGGACGACCACCACAAGUCGAUAUUCGUGCCGUGUGAGAAGGGAGGCUACAGGUUAAAGGACAACGUCCAGUUCCACCUCUACAUCAGCACCUCCCCCUGUGGAGACGCCAGGAUCUUCUCUCCACAUGAGGCAGGAGUUGAAGACCAAGGAGACAGACAUCCCAACCGGAAAGCACGGGGCCAGUUAAGGACCAAAAUUGAGUCAGGGGAAGGCACCAUCCCUGUGAGGUCCAGCAACACUAUCCAGACCUGGGACGGGGUGCUGCAGGGGGAGAGGCUACUCACCAUGUCCUGCAGUGACAAAAUUGCAAGGUGGAAUGUGGUGGGUAUUCAGGGCUCUUUGAUGAGCUACUUCACAGAGCCAAUCUACUUCUCCAGCAUCAUCCUCGGCAGCCUUUACCAUGCCGACCACCUCUCCAGGGCCAUGUACCAGCGCAUCGCAGAUAUCGAGGACUUGCCCCAGCAGUUCACCCUCAACAGGCCUCUGCUCAGUGGUAUAAGUAAUGCAGAGGCCAGGCAGCCAGGCAAGGCACCAAACUUCAGUGUGAACUGGACGGUGGGGGACCAGGCCCUGGAGGUGAUCAAUGCAACUACAGGCAAAGAUGACAUGGGUCGUCCUUCACGUCUCUGCAAGCACGCCCUCUUCAGCCGUUGGGUGCGCCUGCACUCCAAGCUCUCAUCCAUCUUGUGGAUCAAGGUGCUCAAGCCCAACUCCUACCAUGAAGCCAAGCAGGCGGCCGCAGAGUACCACUCUGCCAAGCAGGCGCUCAUCAAGGCCUUCCACAAGGCCGGCCUGGGGGCCUGGGUCAAAAAGCCCAUUGAGCAAGACCAGUUUACCCUCAGCUCCUGAGGGAGUCAAGGGACCAAGGGAUUCCUAAACCCCCCACUCCUUCCCCCCUCGACCCAGGCCUGAAAGCAAGAGAGCCCCUUAUUAACAACCAGCCCACAGUGACACUUACCUCCGUCCCACGUGUCGGCACGCACGUGCACUUUGUACUUGUGGAAAUAAACGUGCGUAGUUUCACAAACCAUCCAUAGCUCAUCAUUGUCAUUCCUCAGAGGACCUCGGCCUCGCCAUGUCUUUUUCUCAUUCUAUUGAUUUUUGUCCUUUUUAUUUUGAUUUUAAUGGAUGGUGUUUUUUCAUCUACCUGUUUUAUGUUUUAAAAACUGGAAUCCGUGUUUUUAUGACGUAGAUGUUGAAGUUGAAAUUAUGCAGUUUUGUCUAUUUUCUGGAUCAACAAGUGUAGCCAGUUUAGGGUGAAAUGUAGCCUAGAGAAAGAAUCUUUUGUUAAUUAAAACCAAUGUGUAUGGACCUGGAAAAAAAUGUACUCGCUGAAAAAGAAUUACUGGGAUGAACUUUAUUUUAAAGAUGCAUAAAUCUUCCGGAUGUAAAUCUAGUGCUGAAAAGAAAGAGAAAUUAAAAUAGAUAUGUAACAUUUAAUGUGUGUUAUUUGGUCCGUUCCUUAGAUGAGAAUACAUGUUCUUAGACCCCUGUAUUAAAGAUUAAAAUGUUCCAAAAUAUUGUGGCCCUGUUUGAUUCACUGACUUGAAAGCAUAUACAGGCCAGGCGUCGCUGUAGUUUAGGACACUUUUGUUGAUUUUUGUCUCCAUUAACUCGUACAUAUGUUCUGUAAGUUAUUUUAUGUCACUCUCAUUUCAUACUUGAAGUGUGUGCGUGUUUUUGGGGAGGGGGCGGGGUCAUGUUCAGAGCAUUGCAUCCUCCGACUCCUUCCCUCGCCUGGGUCUUGGGACAAGCUUUGGGAGGUGCUGCACGUUGUAUUUUUCCUUGAUCUAAGCCAUGGCUUUGCAUGGGAACUGAACUGGGAGGCCUACAGAGCAGAAAACACGCGGUGGAGAGCCCUGUGCGCCCAUCAGUGAAUGAUUUUUGAAUGAAUGCCAGCAUCUUCCUCCACAGGCAGCUUUGAAUCUUUGUCUCUAUUUUCUAGAUUUCUUGUGAUUGUUUGUUUGUUUGUUUUGGGGGGGAGGGACAGGGACGGUUUUUGUUUGUUUUUUUCUUGGGCAUUUGUGGAUUGGGGACAAUACUGCAGUGAAAAUAGUGAUGAACAGACCUCUCAGAUCUUGUAACUAUGUCACCAUGUGGCAGGGAUCCAUGAUAGCUGUCAUUGGAACUAUUAAUAGAAGGCAUGGUCUAUGUGCUGUAGUGCCACAUACCGUAUGUGAAGUUACAUUCAAAAGAUGCCACAUUAUGCCAGUCUGUAGUGAUAGUCUGAAACGCAAACACGUUGUAAUCCCUCCACGUAAUUCUCUUUGAGGUGAACGGUGAAGUUACACGAACAGACUCUCAAGUCGUUUGCUAAUAUCUGCUACAACUCUACCGGUAGGUUACAACCAAAUGUGUCACAGUGUGAUGUCAUUUUUCGUCGUCCUGUCUUCUACAUCUACAGGGACACGUUAGUAUAUCAAGAAGACCUUUGUGCUCUGACCUUUACACCCUGAGUGCAUAACUGUCCUCAUGUUUUCACAACUUGUAAAUGAGGACCUGUGUCUGAGUAACUGCAGUCUAAUUCCUAUUCCCAGCUGUAGGGACUAAUGUAUGUAUGUGUGUGCAAUCUACAGUAUGUGUGUGCUCAGACGUCUUUAAGCAUACUCUGUGGAAUCUUCACCAAAGAUGAUGUCCAUGUGUGUCUCUGCCCCGCUAUUUUACUUACAAAGGUUUCUUUCUUCUUCUUUUCUUUUUAAUCUACCCUUUACUGUUUGGUUUUUGUAUAUCCACUGAACAAUGUACUUUUGAUUUGUACAAAAAACUGUAUUCCAUUCAAUAUGGGGGGACUUAAAUUGUCACGCUUCUCUAGUGCAUCUGUAGCUGUCAUUGGCCACGUGUAUAUUGUGACCUGCGAUCAUUAUUGCUGCAGUAUAGUAGUUCUCUCUGUAUAUAAGGAGCAACACAACUGACAAAUUCUGUUCCCUGUACAAUCACCCUUAAAGAAACUGUUUGGACUCUUUCCCUGAUGCUGGGAUUGUGAAGAUGUUGAUGUUCCUGAGUAUUAGUGGUUCUCUGUGACUCACUGGGCACCAUACAGCAUGGCACUAACACUGCCGGGGUUAACAGGCGUCAUCCCCAUUGUAGCCACCGAUGUUCAAAAGAAAAAAUAUGCACUGUAAGGUGCCUCAGCGAAAAGUGGCAUCCACAAGCUGGCACGUGUGAUGUCAUAUAUGUACUUUUUUUGUUUUUUGUUUUUUUACUUUAUUUCAGUCAGUAUUAGAGAAGCAGGAAAGGGAGUCUACUGGAGUUGACUUGAAGGUAGAAACUUUGAAAUUUGGAUCAGUGAAAAUGGUGAGCCCCCCCCCCCCCCAACAAAUAGACCCAGACCAAAGUCACAAGCAAUACUCCUGAUGUCUCCUUUAAUGUCACUUCAUCACAAACAGGAGUCUGAAGUUUCCCUCCCCCUCUGCCCCUCCAGUCUUUGUUUUAUUCUCUCUCUGCAAAGCUGUCUGAGAUUUUUUUUUGUAUAUUCCCCCCCUCCUAAAGACUGCCUGCUUCUAAAGUUUUUCUUUUGACUGCACUAAAGAUGUCAACUGAUGAUGUCAUGAUAAAAAACCGUCCCCGUUUAUGGAUUGGAUGGCGACUAUCACAGCAAGAACUGAACUGCUUCUGCUUUACCCUUUGUGAAUCCUUAAUGAUGGUCAGUGCCCCCCACCCCCGCCCCCACC